GCGGGGUCUGGAGGGAGUGGGCCUGGCCGGCGCUUUUAAUGCAGAUGCUCUGGUCCGGGAGCCCUGCGUUCAGCGGCAGAGCGGAGCGGACAGCACCAUGACGGAACCCAGCAACACCUACGACGUGAUAGUGGUCGGCGGAGGGAUAUCAGGUUUGAGUGCAGCCAAGCUGUUGAAAGCCAACGGGCUGAGUCCUGUAGUCCUGGAGGCCAGGGAUCGGGUCGGUGGUCGCACCUUCACCGUGAGGAAUAAGGAGACAAAGUGGGUCGACCUGGGCGGAGCUUACAUCGGACCAACUCAGAACCGCAUCCUCCGAUUGGCCAAAGAGUACGGCAUUCAGACCUACAAGGUCAACGAGCAGGAGAGCCUGGUGCAUUACGUCAACGGAAAGUCCUACCCGUUCAGAGGCUCCUUCCCUCCCAUGUGGAACCCCAUCGUCUUGUUGGACUUCAACAACCUGUGGAGGACAAUGGACGAGAUGGGCCGGGAGAUUCCCAGAGAGGCUCCUUGGAAAGCUCCACAUGCCGAGGAGUGGGACAAAAUGACCAUGAUGGAGCUCUUUGAGAGCAUCUGCUGGACCAGUACUGUUCGCCGCUUCGCCAAGCUGUUUGUCAACGUCAACGUGACCUCUGAACCCCACGAGGUGUCGGCUCUGUGGUUCCUCUGGUACGUGAAGCAGUGCGGAGGAACCAUGAGGAUCUUCUCCACCACUAACGGAGGACAGGAGAGGAAGUUUGCGGGCGGCUCCAGUCAGAUCAGCGAGAGCAUGGCCCGGGAGCUGGGAGAGCGAGUGAAGCUGCAGUCUCCGGUCUACAGGAUCGACCAGAGCGGAGACAUGGUAGCCGUGGAGACGCUGGACAGACAGACCUACACAGCCAAGUACGUGAUCGUGGCCACCCCUCCCGCUCUCAACCUGAAGAUGCACUUUAACCCCGAGCUGCCGCCUCUGAGGAACCAGCUGAUCAACCGCGUCCCCAUGGGCUCCGUCAUCAAGUGCAUGGUCUACUACAAAGAGAACUUCUGGAGGAAAAAGGGUUACUGUGGCAGCAUGGUGAUCGAGGAGGAAGGCGCUCCCAUCGGCCUGACACUGGAUGACACAAAGCCGGAUGGGACUGUGCCGUGCAUUAUGGGAUUCAUCCUCGCCCGCAAGUGCAGAAAGCUAUCAGGGCUGACCAAAGAGGAGAGGUUAAAGGAGAUCUGUGAGAUCUACUCCAGAGUGCUGGGCUCAGAAGAGGCUCUGCAUCCGGUGCACUACGAGGAGAAGAACUGGUGUGAAGAGGAGUACUCCGGGGGCUGCUACACCGCCUAUUUCCCUCCAGGAAUCCUUACUCAGUUUGGAAAGGUGCUGAGGGAGCCUUUCGGCAAGCUGUACUUCGCCGGCACGGAGACGGCGACCGAGUGGAGCGGCUACAUGGAGGGGGCGGUGCAGGCUGGAGAGAGAGCCGCCAGAGAGGUUUUGUGUGCGAUGAAUAAAAUCCACCAGAGUCAGAUCUGGCAGACGGAGCCCGAGUCCAUGGAAGUCCCGGCGCUCCCGUUUGCCACCAGCUUCUGGGAGAGAAAUCUGCCUUCAGUCGGCGGCCUCUUCAAGUUCGUGGGAAUCUCCGCCGUCCUGUCUGUUGCCACGGCAGCCGGCGUGGUGGCCUACAACAAGGGCCUCGUCUCCCGGAGUUAAAGCACCCGACACGUCCUCUCACUCCUCCUUCUCCUCCUCCUCCUCCGCCUUUCAAGGGGACCAUCAUCUCUAUAGACACUGUGCUCUGUUGUACUUCUAGUGCACUCCUUCAUGGCCAAAAACCACCAAGUAGUGAACCACAGCGGGGGUUGUUCUGCUCACACAAAACAGUAGAGGGCCAUCACUCUGUUCCCGAGAGAGAGAGAGAGAGAGAGAUAGAAAGAGAGAGAGAGUCAUGGGCCGAGCACACGUCCAGAGAUGCUAGUUAGAGAGGAGUGAAGAACUUCAGUUUAAAUCGACGAUAACAUCUGUGAUUCAGAUUGUGAAAACCAAUGAAGGAAAAAAAAAAGGAGCAGAAUCAGCUCUUAAAAGGAAAAAAUCUCUAUAUGUCGCUAUUAACAUUACAUACAUUGCCAAUGACAUUCACAUUCUUCAUUACAUCUGUGUGUGUGUGUCUGUGUGUGUGUGUGUGAGUGUGCCUGAUUACCUCUGCUGAUUUUAGGUGCUAAUAAAUUCCUUACGAGCAGCCGUAGCUGUUUAAUGACACCCAGAAACAUC